AUGGCUCCUCCAAAAGGUGAGAAGAAGACUGAUCCAAAGGCACAGGCCUUGAAAGCUGCUAAGGCAGUCAAGUCAGGCUCUGCUAUUAAGAAGAAGGCGAAGAAGAUCCGAACAACUGUCACUUUCCAUCGCCCUAAGACCCAAACUAAGGAUAGAAACCCCAAAUACCCUCGCAUUAGUGCCACCCCAAGGAAUAAACUUGAUCACUACCAGAUCUUGAAGUUCCCACUCACCACUGAAUCAGCAAUGAAGAAAAUUGAGGAUAACAACACUUUGGUUUUCAUUGUUGACUUGCGUGCUGAUAAGAAAAAGAUAAAGGAUGCAGUUAAGAAAAUGUAUGACAUCCAGGCAAAGAAGGUUAAUACCUUGAUCAGGCCUGAUGGGACCAAGAAGGCCUAUGUAAGGUUGACUCCUGAUUACGAUGCACUCGAUGUAGCAAACAAGAUUGGGAUUAUCUAA